AUGUCAUUCAUCAAUGGAACAAUGGUCAUGGACAGUGACCCUGUGUCUGAUUCUAGCUUCAUGACAUUGGCUAAGUUUCAGAACAUCCAAAGUGGGGAAGUUAAUCCCUACAUAUUGGUUGAGGUUAUUGGUCAAAUUGUGAGUGUGGGUGAAUUGGAGGAACUCGAAGCCAAUAAUAAGCCUAAUAAAAACUUGCUUUUGAGCUUUGGGACGAAACGAAUAUUGCUUAUGUUGCUUAGGAAUAUUGAUCCCAAAGGUGGGCUGUGUAAUGAAACUAGGCUUCAGAUUACUCAACUUGCUAAUCACAUUGUAAUAACAGGAGACAUAAGUGGUGACAUAGUUUUAUUCCCUAACAUAAAUCUAACACCUUCAGAUACUAAACUGCCAUUCAAGAUGCGUACAAGACAGUUUCCACUGUAUGUUGCAUUUGCUAUGACCAUCAAUAAGAGUCAGACACAGUCUAUAGAGAAAGUAGGACUUUACUUGCCUAAACAUGUGUUCUCUCAUGGCCAACUAUAUGUUGUAUUGUCUAGGGUUACAUCAAAAAAGGUUUGA